AUGGUCAUAUCGAUAUGUCAGUCCGCUGCUGGGGUCAGGGUCAGUGUUGGCCAGGGGAAAGCGUUGUCAGCCAGCUAUGGCCAUUCAUCAGUCGGUGGCCAUGUUGUGGGUCUCUCUCUCUCUCUCUCUCUCUCUCUCUCUCUCUCUCUCUCUCUCUCUCUCUCUAUCUAUCUAUCUAUCUAUCUAUCUAUCUAUCUAUCUAUCUAUCUAUGUCCGUUUCUAUCAGCGCACGCUCUUUUUUCUGUAUUUUCACCUAUCUAUAUAUCUAUCAUCUCUUCAUAUCUAUCGUCGCUUGCGCAUCUAUCUAUCUAUCUAUCUAUCUAUCUAUCUAUCUGUCUGUCUAUCUAUCUAUCUAUCUAUCUAUCUAUCUAUCAGUCUGUUCAUAUCUAUCUGUGUGUGUGUGCAUUUUACCUAUCUUUUUUCCUUUCUCUCUCUCUCUCUCUUUCUCUUUCUCUAUCUAUCUAUCUAUCACAGGUUGUUCAUAUCUGUCUCAAUCUAAUCGUAUCUAUCUAUCUAUCAACACUUUUCUCAAAGGUGUUGCAUUCAUCUAUAUAUUAUCUAUCAUAUCUUCUAUACCUAUCUAUGCAUCUAUUCAUCUCUCUCUCUCUUUCUCUCUCUCUCUCUCUCUCUCUCUCCCAGUGUCUUUCUCUGCCUACCUUUCAGUCUAUCUAUCAGAAUCUGUACACCUCUCUCUCCUUCUCCCUCUUCCCCUCUCUAUCUAUCUAUCUAUCUAUCUAUCUAUCUAUCUAUCUAUCUAUCUAUCUAUCUAUCUAUUUAAAACAAUACAAUCUAAGACUAUUCAAAUCUAACUAUCUAUCUCCGUAUUUAUUGGAAUAA